UAUUCAUUUAAGAUAUUUGAGACAAAACGUCCCAAAAAAUAUCUUCAUCUAUAAAGAUGAUGACCUAUAAACUUAUUUCCUUCUGCACCAUAACAAUAACAACUACACAACUACUCCUACAUCUCAAAACAACAUAUACUUCCAUCACCACUUGCUAAAAAUAGUAGUGCUAUAUAUUUCAUCAUCAAAAGAAAAUUUUUCUUAGGGGUUUUCUUCUUUGUUUGAUUCUGUAGUCUCGUAAGAGGUAUAUCGUCAUGUCAUCUUCGGCUACGGCAAGCUCAUCCCUCAGUUCACACAAGCUCAGGAGAAUCCAAGUUCAUGGUGAUCAUCAACAACAUAGAACAUCAUCUCCAUCCCAUGUUGUUGUUGGGGGUCUUACUCAUCUUCCAUGCAGAAUGAGUAUAAUGAAUUCAAUAAACAAACAUGUUAACUUCUUGUCAUCAUCAUCAACAACAAAUUCAGGGACUCACUACUCAUUCAACAGAUCAUUUAAACCACAUAAACGCACCACUCACAUGGAACUGAAUGCAAUUGAGAACAUACCAGCAGGAACCCCACUUCCAACUCCUCCUGGUCCUCCUAACUCUGGAUGGUUUAACUGGAUCCUAUGGACUGUAAUACCCAUGCUUUUCCCUUUCUUCAAGAACAAAAUGAGUCCACUAAUGCUUCUUAAACAGAAAGUAGACACAGUAGUGGGCAUUGUAGAUCAUGCUGCUGAGGUGCUUGAAGACGUAGCGGAGGAGGUAGUGAAAAUAACAGAUGAAUUUGAGGAUAAAGUACCUGAAGGUAGUGCACUUAAGAAGGCAAUGUGUUCUGUUCAUGAAGUUGCAGUAGAAGCCAUUAAAGUUGCAGAUUUAGCUGAAGAUCUCGUUGACAAGGGUGAGGCAUUAGAGAAAAAGAUGGAGGAUUUGUUAGAGAAGCAAGAAGCAGAGGCAGCAGCCAAGGGCCAACAACAACAAAAGGCAGAAAGUAUAGAGAAAAAGAUGGUGGAUUUGGCACAGAAGCAUGAAUCAGUAGUUACAGCAGCCAAAGAGGUAGAGGCGGACAUGGAGGAUUUCGUAAAAACAACUGAAGCCAUGGCCGCAGCAAAACAAGAACUAAAAAAUGCAAAGUCUAAUAAAAAAGGAUCAGCUUAAAUAAUUAAUUAGUUUUAUUUUUAUAAUUAAAUAAAUCAAACAUAUAAUUAAACUUGUUCAUUGGCUCUAUUUCAUUCAUGUGCCUCUUGUACUUCUACGGUUAGAUUGAUUCUCUAGUUAAUUAUGAUUAAAUUUCUUGAUAAUUUAAA